CUCUCAGGCGAGUUUUAAUCAUGUGUGAAGCUCAGUUGAAUCCAGAGCCUCUCCGCUGCCUUUUCACUCUUGCACAAGAUUGAGCUGGUGUCACAUCGCUCCCCUUCUCCCUCCUGUAAAAGGGACUUAAAAAAAAAGGAGGAAGAAGCAGGAAUAAAAACAGAAACAGACACUUUCCUGCAAGUGUUUUCUAGCAAGCAUAAGGACUUACUGUAGCUGUGCAGAUCCUUACGGAUACAGGCUAGAGGGACGGAUAGCAAUGCUUCAGCCGACUAAUAAGGGAAGGAAGCCUACAUCAGAGGCAGGAAAAGAAAGUCCAAACUCCAAAUGCUGUUAUUCUGAAAGUGGUGGUGUAACUAAACUUGGAAAUCAUACAAACAGCAGAUACCCCAAAACACCCUGCCAUUUGGAUCUCUACUCCGAAGGUCGCUCCAUCCCAUCUACAUCUUCGUCUAGCCUCCUACCAUCUGCACAACUGCCCAGCUCCCAUAAUCCUCCUCCUGUUAGCUGCCAGAUGCCGCUGCUAGACAGUAAUACUUCUCAUCAAAUAAUGGACACAAACCCUGAUGAGGAGUUCUCCCCAAACUCAUACCUGCUCAGAGCAUGCCCACAACAACCGUCCAACAGUGAACUCUCAGAAGGACAAAGAGAGGGAGAAGGAGAAACAUAUAUACUUUACCUCCAGACAGAGGCAUCCACUCUGCUGAGGGAGGGAGACACAAAGCAAAGAUUUCUAGGAGGCCCGACAAAUCAUCACAGCCAGUCAACACUUCGGCCUCCUCUUCCUCCUCCUCACAAUCAUACACUGUCGCACCACCACUCUUCAGCCAACUCCCUCAAUAAGAACUCUCUGACUAACAGACGGAACCAUAUUCAUGCACCAGCUCCACCUCCUAAUGACCUGGCCACAACUCCAGAGUCAGUUCAGCUUCAGGACAGCUGGGUACUCAACAGCAAUGUUCCACUGGAGACCAGGUACAGUGAUCUUCAUAGAAUUAGGACCCUGUACUAUCUGAUCUAG